UUCAUCACCGGCUCACAGUGGCAGCGGAACAGCCCACUUCCUGUGGAGGGGGAUUCCCCCCACACGGGUGAGCCUAUAAAGGCCUGCAGGUCAGCACAGGAGGCAGAGCAACAGGCAGAGCAACAGGCAGAGCAACAGGCAGAGCAACAGGCAGAGCAACACACUUCAGACUUCAACAGGUACUUUGACUUGUAUUCUCUUUUUUGAAGCAGAUUUUAAACACUGAGUUUUUUCUUUAACACGCGGUGUCAUAAAUAAACUAUAAACUAUAGAGGGUUUAUGAUGUUUCUGGACAUUUAUUGAGUUAUUUAUCUCUGCAGCAGCUUUUAGAGCUGUGAGUAAAAUGAGGGACACUUUAUUGUAAAUAAAGAUAAAAGUGAAAUAAAUUGGGGAAAAGAUAGUUUUAGACUCUUAUGUCUGACUUACUAUAAUACAGAUGUAACGUUUAUUUUAUAGUUCUUAAUUUAUAAUGUACAUGUUGUCUAAAUGUUCUUUGUUGUUAGCUUUUUUGCACUUUAUGACAUUAUGACUUUAUUAUCAUUACAAUCCCUUCAUGUACUUUCAGAUCUCCUGUAUAUUUGUACAAAUGGAAGACAUUAAAGAUGAUUUAAGACUUUGACUUUUGAAAAUCCAGCUGUCAUGUCCCUAAAUAUGUGUGUUUAAUUGACUCUGUAAAUAUAAAUCUCUCUCUUGCAGCUUUUUCCUCACUUGAGAUAAAAACAUAUUUAUAAAAAAAUGGAAUCUGAGACGAGGUGCAAGGUGAGCGGCGCGUGGAGCCCCACUAUGCCCGAGGGCUUGGCCUUCGAGGUGUCCCAUCACCCACUGACCAUGAAGCAGGUGGUCAACCUCAUCGUGACCAUGGAGAGGUUCAAGGGCCACGAGGCCCCUGUGAGCACCGAGUUCAGAGACGAGGACCUGCUCAACAUGAUGCUGGACAGCUUCAUGGAAGAGGAGAUAGUGUGUGAGCUCGGCUCGGCUCCACAACCUCAGAUCAGCUGGACGGGCGAGGAGCUGUGCAGCAUGACCGACGGCGAGAAGCGGAGCGUCGUGCGCGUCGGGGACAGCGUGGCGCUGCACGCCGUGAUGCUGCAGGGCGGCACCCACCUCAGGAAAGUGAUCCUCAACAUGUCGACGUACCUGCACCCGGCGCCCGGCGCCGAGGGCCGGACGGUGGCUCUGGCCAUCAAGGACACAAACCUCUACCUGUCUUGCUGCAAGGAUGGAGACACGCCGACUCUGCACCUGGAGGCCGUGGAGGACAAAAGCACGUUGAGCGGAUGGGGCACGAGCAUCGGCCUGGACAGCAACAUGUUGCGGUUCCUCUUCUACAGACAGGACACCGGCGUGAACAUCAGCACCCUGAUGUCCGUGGCCUACCAGAACUGGUACGUCAGCACGCAGCCGGGCAACAACAAGCCGCUGACCAUGUGCCUGCAGUCCACCAGCCACGCACAAAUAUUCAACAUCCGAGAGGAGGUCGAAUAUUAGAGUUAACAUUUUUAAAAAAGAUGCAAAGAUUACCCAGAGGUGGGAUGUGGAUCUGCAUCAUGGGGUCAAGUUUGACCCUCUGAGGAAUCACAUUUAUUGGGUGUAUACUGCACUUUUUUUAUUUAUUAUUCAAGAAAGCAACAAAGACACUACGUCUGGUAACAAGUUGCGCGUAUUUGAGGAGCUUCUAUUCACUGGUUGUACCGAGUAGAGACAGUGAAAUGCUCUAUGUAGUGACGUAAUGUCAAGUUUCACCAGUAGAGGGCACUGUUGUGCUUUGUCUGGCGGACACCCUGUGUAUUCAACGUUUUACUAAUAAUGUACAUAUUUAUUUGUUGUAUUCAACGUUUCACUAAUAAUUUAUAUAUUUAUUUGGACAUCUGUGUAUUAACAAUUAUUUAAAUGAUGUGCAGCAAAAUGUUUAAUAAAGCCUUGUAACUUA